CACAAUGGAUAACGGUCACACACCGCUGCCGUCGGCCUCCCUCCCCACAAAGCCCCAAGCCAAAUCCGCCAUGGCUAUGCUCGGCCGCGCACGCCUCCCACCUGUCGCCCCACUUCCACCCAUCGCCACCGGCGCCGGUGGCGCCGGCGUGGAGUUUCGCCGUAAGAUCCGUUUCCUCUCUUCUGAGCUCCACCUCGACCCGUUCCCGCUCCUCGCCAUAAACCCCGUGCUCCGCUCGGCGCCGCUGCCGCUCCUCCGCGACUCCCUCCGCCUCCUCACCUCCCACGGCCUCACAGCCCGCGACGCCACGCGCGUCUUCUCCGCCUUCCCAUCCCUCCUCACCUCCCCGCCCGAGGAGCCGCUCCGCUUCCUCUCCGCCGACGCGCCGCUCCCGCCGCCGCUCCUCCGCUCCGCGGUGGUCCGGUCCCCACGCCUCCUGGCCGCAUCCGUUCCCGACACGCUCCGCCCCGCGCUGCUCUUCCUCCGCCGCCGCGUAAUGCUCCGCCGGGAGCCGCUACCUCUCGCCGCGGCGCUGCUCCUGGCGUUCUCCGUUGAGCGCACCCUCCUCCCCAAGCUCCUAUACCUGCGUGACGCCACGGGGCUCCCCGACUCUGCCGUCUGCGCGGUUCUCAGGCGCGCGCCCGCCAUCCUCUCCUACGGGAUCGAGACCAACCUCACUCCUAAGCUCCAGUUCCUCGCCGAGCGCAUGCGGAGAGACCCUGCCGCGGAGCUAGCCGAGUUCCCGCACUACUUUGCAUUCAGUUUGGAGGGGAGGAUCAAACCGAGGCACGAGGCGUUGAGACAAAGGGGCAUCGAGAUGCCACUCAAGGACAUGCUAACAAGCAACGAUGACGAUUUCAGGGAGCGGCUGGUCAAUGUGACGCUGUCAGACACUAAGGCAAGGCUGUGAUCUGGCAUUCAGAUGCACCAUAUGCUUUUUUACAGCAUUGAUUAUGAAAUGGCAGUCAUUUGAAUUUCGGUUCAGUCAAGCAAGAUUAUCCUACCAGGCUACCACGUGACCAAAUGGAACCGGCAACAAUUUGGAAUGUAUUGUUUCACAUGCCAUUUCAAAGCUCAGCCUUGUAAUGCUGAGAUACAUGGAGUUCACCUGGAGAAGCCUGAUUGAAUCUCUGAAUGGAUACUCACUUAUAUCAUAUAAGCAGCGAUGGUAGGUUAAAGUUGAUGUACAGCUAAAGGUUCCAUUGAACUCCAAGUUAUGUUUCCUACGUCGUGGAGUAAGAAGGGCCUGAGGCUUAGUUGUUGGAGAACGAAGGACGAUGAUGAGAAGCUGUGGAUCUCCCUAAACAUAGGUGCGUGGUAAUCAGCCAGAGGAGUUUAGCAAUAGCAUUUUGCUUCUUUUCUUUCUGUGAAAUUUUCCUUAUGGACAUGAAUUUAAGAAUGAAUACAAACAACUUGUUUUUCCUGCUUCUUUUUGGAAGAAAAAUGGCAGGAUAUCUGCCUUUCUAUUUAGGUAGAACAAAAGAAGCUUAAGUUACCAGUCUUAUUUCCAAGCCCCAAAGGUUAAGGGUGGAGUGCACAAGAAGAGAAAAGCAAGAACAUUGCAAAGCUCUCUCAAGAUUUCUGUGGGGACUGGAAUCAGAAUUUAUGCGACCAUAAAGUAGCCCAUGGCUGACAUUAAGCUGUUUUACUGUGGAUUGGAUCUCAUCUACACGGACAAAAGCAUCAUCAUCUGUUUUCAUCAGAUACUUGGCUGAUAGUGAACUGGUCUGGUCAAACAAAUCGCAGUUAAGCACAGAGAAACAUAAGAAGCAGAAACUGGAGAAGUAUAGCUUAGUGAUGGUAGUGUUUACCCCAUAAAUGCAUAUUGCUAGUGUCUUCCAUGUUAUCAGGCUGUAGUAAUCAACAAAAGGCAACACCUGGAUGUCACCAUACGUUUGUGCCUCAUUCCAGAGUUCCUCAUUUACCAUUAGGCCAACGAAAAAUCGGACUGCUACUGCUCCUUGGCGCACAGCGUCAUAUUGCAUCCAUGUCCUUCGAAUUGCCAUCCUACGCUUGAAGUUGUUUGCUGUUGAAAAGAUGCCAAUCAGAAGGUCUACAUCUUUGUCGUCUGGAAUAGGUGGUGACUUCAACGCUUCAAUAUUAGAGUUCUCCAAGUCUUCUGAUGUGGGCAAGCCGCUUACAAUCGCACUUACAAGUUUGAAAUCACCAGAAAUUCCUACUUCAGUUACAUACCAUGGUUCCAAACCCUAAUAAGAGAAACACCAGUUCGUUAGGAUUGGUCUCAUAUCAGAUCUAUUUAAUGAUCCAUUUGGUGAUGUGGAAGAAGUUUACCGCCCUAUAUGCAAAUGAAGUGACAUGUUUCCCAUCAACUGUCAUAUGGAUACCCUCCGAUCCUACACGCAGUGUUGCAAUAGCAAGGUAUCCCUGUUUAAAUGGAAAAUACUUGCUUGGCUCUCCAUGUUUGGCAGCUGUAUGAUGUUUUGAGUUAUUUAUGUCCUCUUCUGUGCCCACCAUGGCAUUACAUCUCUCUAGAUCUUCCACUGUAGAAGGCGUCAGAUAAAUAUAGUGUGCAAGGCACAGUAGUAACUUAUUUGCAAGAGAGAAGUAACAUUGAAGUACCUUCAGUUGCAUUGCUAUAGUUAGUGCUGGGACAGCGAUCCUCAACCCCCCAGCCAUUGUUUGCGGUGAAGGUAUUCUGCACUAUCACUGGAUCUUUAGUAACCUUGUCGCCAUUCAGACGGACAUUGUAAUGCAGUGCAAUAGGCUUUUCAGAUUCCCCUGGAAGUGCCGUCCCAACAAGAUCAAUCCAGAAGUUACCAGAGAGUACUCCAGGAGUUCCUAUAAGAGUUAUUGAAGAACCUACAAUCAGCCCACAGGGUACAUCAAUGGUAAAGAUGCCAUUCUCCGACUUGGAAGCAUCCAUUCUGCGAAUUGAGUACGGGCAGAGUCUCUCUUUCUCUCUGUGCUGAGAGCUUGCAUUCUGAACUGAUGCUGUCAAGUUUUCCCAUGCAGUUCUCCCAUCGCUGAUCGCCUCGCUCGCAUGAGGAAGGCCGUUGGUGAUGUUGGCUAACUGCUUCAUCUGGUUCCAUGUGUAUAGCCACUGAAACACUUCAGGGGAGGAGUUUCUGGAAUCCGAGCUGUUUGAAGCUGGAGGAGCAUCUGCUGUUGUUACUACUGCUACUUCCAGAGUGGUGGUUUCUCGUGCAUCCGCUGGGCUCUUGAACCAGUCCAGGUGAACCAGAUGGAGGAUUUGAUACCGAGAUAUCCCCGAAUUCGCACUGUGCUCUAUCAAAUACCGUGCUGUCAGCAGAGAAGUAAGCAUGAGCAGAACCGUGAUGGCAAGCUUCUUUGUCAUCCACAUGUUUUGAUCGCCUUUUCCCUGGUGCCGCAGUUGUCACAAUGUCAGCACAUACCCGGCGCCGGCUUGGAUGGAAA